GAGGGAGAGAGAGAGAAAAAGAGAAAUAGAAAGAUAAAGAGAGGAGCAGCAACCAGCUGCUGGUGAAAAGUAAGAAUGUCGAAAGGCCAUCUACAGCAACAGAAUGGUUCGGUGCCUGGUGGAGGUGGCGUUGACGGCGGCGGUGGCGCCGGUGCUGGCGGAGGCGGCGGCGGAGGUGGUCCGGAUGAUUUUUCGGACGACGAAAGUACACCUCUCACUCAAGAUUACGGUGGCAGCCAGAGAACUGUCGUCGAAACGAAAGGAUGGGACGUGUUUCGAGAUCCACCACCCAAGAUUGAUUCGGGAUCAAUGGCUAAUCAACGCUGCCUCGACAUCACAGUUCAGAUAACAAAAGCAGUUGUCUAUCUUCUAGUCUUCAUCAUAGUACUCGGCAGCGGUGUGAUCGCCAAGGGGACGAUCCUCUUCAUGACCUCGCAGCUCAAGGCCGGCCGUUCAAUCGUAUACUGCAAUAGACAAUUAGGUCGGGACAAGCAAUUCGUGGUAACGUUACCAGAAGAAGAGCGAAUAGCAUGGGUCUGGUGUAUCGUGAUAGUGUUCGCGGUGCCGGAAAUCGGCACGUUAUUCCGCAGUAUUCGAAUGUGCGUGUUCAAAUCAUGGAAAAAGCCCUUAUCCUCGCACUUCCUACUUGUCUUUGUCAUGGAGACAUUUCACGUGGUGGGGCUGGCAAUGCUGUUUCUGGCCAUACUUCCGGACCUCGACGUCGUCAAGGGAGUGAUGCUCACUAAUUGCGUCUGCUUCGUUCCUGGACUGCUCGGACUCAUGUCCAGGAACAAGAACAAGGACGAAUCGAGGCGGUUCGUACUGAUACUCGUGGACCUCGCAGCCUUGGCAGCUCAAGUGACAGGAUUCAUAGUCUGGCCACUGCUCGACACAAAAACACCCUCUCUUUGGCUUAUCCCACCCGCGCUUAUAAUGAUCUCUUGCCGAUGGUGGGAGAACUACGUGUCCGUACAAAGUCCAAUAGGUAUCAUAAAGACACUUGGCCGUGUGAAGAAGGAUCUGAUCCUGACGCGCUACUUCACCUACAUCUUCGUAUCAGUGUGGAAGAUCAUUGCCUUCGUCAUAAGUAGCAUGAUUAUCCUGCAUUUAAAGGGACAAAAUGUCGGGCAUUUAUUUACAAUGCUCGGGACGGCGUUCGGCGACCACAAGAUAACCGUACAAUCGGUGAGGCCGGUCGCCGGUGGAAUCAUUCCCGACAUCGUGGAAAUCCUACCUAAUGGCGAGACCGAAAUCGUCAGUGCAGACUUUCACACGCCUAUUUACGUGCUAUUGCUGUCCAUCGCCGGGGCCUACUUUAUGUACAUUUUUGGCAAGUUCGCUUGCAAAAUCCUCAUCCAAGGCUUCAGCUACGCGUUCCCGGUGAACCUCACCAUCCCGGUCUCCAUUUCGCUUCUUAUAGCAGCUUGCGGCCUUAGAAACGGCGACCCCUGCUUCUUCCACGGCACGAUACCCGAUUAUCUGUUCUACGAGUCCCCGCCCUUAUAUUUUCUCAAUGACUUUGUGUCGAAACAAUAUGCCUGGGUUUGGUUACUCUGGCUGCUUUCUCAAACAUGGUUCACCCUGCACAUAUGGACGCCCAAGUGCGAGAGAUUGGCCGCGACGGAGAAGCUGUUCGUUGUCCCGAUGUACGAUGGCCUUCUCGUCGACCAGUCGAUGGGGCUGAAUCGGAAAAGAGAUGAUCAACCGGAAGUCAAAGUUGAGGACCUAGCAGAGAUCGAGAAGGAGAAAGGCGACGGCGACUACGAGACGAUCUAUGAACAAACCGAUGGCACGAGCACUCCGCCGUCCGCGGUGAAGAGCAGCGACCACGUGACCCGAAUUUACGCGUGCGCCACUAUGUGGCAUGAGAAUAAGGAGGAGAUGAUCGAGUUCCUCAAGAGUAUCCUCCGUCUCGACGAGGACCAAUGUGCUCGGCGAGUCGCCCAAAAGUAUCUCAAGGUCGUCGAUCCGGACUACUAUGAAUUUGAAACUCACAUAUUUUUCGACGACGCGUUCGAGUUGGCUGAUCACGACGAGAACGAGACGCAGGUGAACCGCUUCGUGAAACUGCUGGUUGGCACCCUCGACGAGGCCGCCUCGGAUGUACACCAGACACGGAUGCACGUACGCGCCCCCAAGAAGUAUCCAACGCCCUAUGGUGGACGGCUCGCCUGGACUCUGCCCGGUAAAACGAAGAUGAUCGCCCACCUCAAGGAUAAAAGCAAAAUUCGACACAGGAAACGCUGGAGUCAGGUGAUGUACAUGUACUAUCUACUCGGGCACCGGCUAAUGGAGCUGCCGAUAAACGUCGAUCGCAAGGAAAUGAUCGCGGAGAACACAUUUCUGCUGACCUUGGACGGCGAUAUCGACUUCCAGCCGGCGGCCGUCAAGCUCCUUGUCGAUCUUAUGAAAAAGAACAAGAACCUCGGAGCUGCCUGCGGGCGUAUCCAUCCGGUGGGCUCUGGUCCGAUGGUCUGGUAUCAGAUGUUCGAGUACGCGAUCGGCCAUUGGCUCCAGAAAGCCACCGAGCACAUGAUUGGCUGCGUCCUCUGUAGUCCUGGAUGCUUCUCGCUCAUGGACUACAACGUCAUGAAGAAGUACACGACGAGGUCGGAUGAGGCCAGACAUUACGUGCAGUACGAUCAGGGCGAGGACAGGUGGCUUUGCACUUUGCUGCUUCAGAGAGGAUAUCGGGUUGAAUAUUCAGCUGCUAGCGAUGCGUAUACUCAUGCACCUGAGGGUUUCAACGAAUUUUACAAUCAACGUCGUCGUUGGGUUCCAUCGACGAUAGCUAAUAUUAUGGACCUUCUAAUGGACGCAAAACGAACGAUAAAAAUUAACGAUAAUAUCUCGAUGCCUUAUAUCUCCUACCAAAUACUUUUGAUGGGUGGUACUAUUUUGGGUCCGGGUACGAUUUUUCUCAUGUUAGUCGGAGCUUUUGUCGCUGCUUUCAAAAUCGACAACUGGACUAGCUUCUAUUACAAUAUUAUUCCAAUCUUAUUAUUCAUGAUUGUCUGUUUCACUUGCAAAGCAAAUAUACAGCUACUAUGUGCGCAAAUACUGUCAACGGCCUACGCGAUGAUAAUGAUGGCGGUAAUUGUCGGUACGGCGCUCCAAUUAGGAGAGGACGGCAUCGGUUCGCCCUCCGCAAUUUUUCUAAUAUCGCUAUCCAGUUCCUUCUUCAUAGCGGCAUGCCUGCAUCCUCAGGAGUUUUGGUGUAUCGUACCCGGCAUCAUCUAUCUCCUCUCUAUUCCAUCGAUGUACCUCCUGUUGAUACUCUACUCCAUUAUCAAUCUCAAUGUUGUAUCUUGGGGUACGCGCGAAGUCCAGGUCAAGAAGACAAAGAAAGAACUGGAGCAGGAGAAAAAGGAAGCCGAAGAGGCAAAGCGAAAAGCCAAGCAGAAAUCCUUACUCGGUUUUUUGCAAAAUGGUACUGGCAGUAACGACGAUGAUCAGGGCUCCAUCGAAAUUUCCUUAGCCGGAUUAUUCAAGUGUAUGCUGUGUACUCACGGUAAACCAUCGGAUGAGAAGCAGCAGCUCGUCGCCAUCGCCGAGUCCCUGGAGCAGCUCGGCAAGAGGCUCGAGACAAUUGAAAAAGCGGUAGAUCCGCACGGACACAUGUCUGGCGGUCGUAGACGCGCCUCGUCCGUGGGCUCGCGCUCGGCCGACCACCUGGGGGCCAUCGGCGAGGAUCCCGCGGAAGAGGACGGACGUGACAGCGAGACCGAGACCAUCGCCAGCCAAAACACGGACAAUAACCGGGAAUCCGGUUUCCCCUCUCGGCCUUACUGGCUCGACGACGAGGGCCUGAAGAAGGGCGAGGUCGAGGUCCUCUCCAUGCAAGAGGAACUUUUCUGGAAGGAUCUCCUCGAGAAGUAUCUCUAUCCAAUCGACGAGGAUAAGGCCGAAAAGGCAAGGAUAGCGGCGGAUCUGAUCGAGCUGCGCAACAAAAGUGUGUUCGCCUUUUUAAUGUUCAAUGCCUUGUUCGUACUGAUCGUAUUCUUACUGCAGCUGAACAAAGACCAACUACACGUGGUGUGGCCGCUGGGCGUCAAGACGAACAUCACGUACAUCGAGGAAACAUCGGAGGUUCACGUCACUAAAGAAUAUUUGCAACUCGAGCCGAUCGGUCUCGUCUUCGUGUUCUUCUUUGCUCUGAUUCUCGUAAUCCAGUUCACAGCCAUGUUGUUCCAUCGCUUCGGAACGCUGGCCCACAUUCUGGCGAGCACUGCCCUCGACUGGUAUUGUUGCAAGAAGUCGAAGGACCUGUCGGAAGACGCGUUGCUAUCGAAACAUGCGGUUGACAUCGUGAGGGAUCUGCAAAGGUUGGAUGGUAUGGAGGGCGAUUACGACGAGGGAAGCGGAAGUGGCCCAGGCAGGCGCAAAACUAUCAGAAAUCUUGAGAAAAGCCGUCGAAAAACGCAAGCUAUCAAUACUCUUGACGUUGCUUUUCGCCAGCGAUUUUUCAGCAUGGCCGAGGGACAAGGUCUUCCACGAAAUAUGUCGACGCGUCGAUCGACAAAGGCCUUCAAGGCUUUCGAGGGUCGUCGGAACAGCAUAAUGGCGGCUCAGCGCCGCAAGUCCCAAAUGCAGACUCUCGGAGCCAACAACAUCUACGGGGUGGCGGGCAAUCCGCUGGGGAUCCAACCCCGACCGACCCGCAGUAGCCAGAUAUCGGUGAAGGACGUGUUCGAGAAUCACGGGGCCCACUCGAAUGCCGGCUACGAAGCCGACGACAGUCCCAGAAACAGCCUGAGACUCCAGCCGCUGGUCGGCCAAGUCGGCUGGCGGGAGUCCAACUCGAACCUUUGAGGGGCUUUCAUUUUGACAGCCCACUGGCGAAGCCAUUAUGCUCGUAACUCUGUAUUAAGAGCGAGGGGUGGGGGUGUG